AAUAAGCUACUGUUUUUAUGUCGCUGGUAGAUGGAUAAAUUAUAAAUAUCGUUGGCCAGGCUGUAGCCACUAAAUUUAACGAAAUACCCGAAAGGAGGCUUAUUGAAAGAAUAAACUUAUCUGUGCCCUGGAAGUUUGAGGAUGGAGGGCAGUGAGGGAAACAGCUCUGCACACCAAGGAUCUGGUGUUGGAGCUAUGAACUUAUAUGCCACUCUGGGGCUCUCUCCAGAAGACGUGGAUGCUCUGGCCCAGAUUCCAGAGAACGAGAUCAGUGUGGAGACGUUGCCUUAUCUGAUAAUGCAACUGAAGGCCAAUCGAGCAAAGCAAGAGGAGCAGGGAGAGGCCUCCCCAAAGAGAGACAGCCGGCAGGAGGAUACAGAUGAUGGAGUCCUUAGCAAACGGGACAGUCCCCCUGCAGUACCUCGCCGGUCAAACAGCCAUUGUGACACUGACUAUAGGAGAGUGGAGAUUCACAGUCGACCAGAGCGGCAGACAAGGAGAGAUUCCCGUCACAAUUGGUCCUCAAGGGAAAAACCAUCAGACACCCAGCAAAGGUUUCCUUUCUCCUAUCAAGUGGAUGAUUUUCAUGGAGUUGUGCCCAAGAUUUACCCACACACAUGCUCUCUAUGCUUAUGCAUGUUGAAUUCUACUAAGGCAUGGAAGGAUCAUCUCAAUGGAUUAAGCCACGUGGAGGGCUGUCGAGAACUCCUGCGUCUAUAUCCAGAUUGGAAAAGACAUGAUACACGGAAGGAAAUGUCCAACUCCAUCCCAAGUAGAGAUGCUAUUUCACCGCCCAGGAGAACGCCACGUCCUGCUAUGCCUUACAAGAGACAACAUAGCUCAGACCGCGUAGGAGGUGAAGUCUGGUCUGCACCAGAAAGACACCAUUUGAAGCCCAAGGCUGGCACAAAGGUGGUGGUUACAAAAUUUCCCCUUGGCUCUGUUGGUGUAGAAGACUUGAUGACUUUGGCUAAGCCAUUCGGCACAGUUGUAAAACAUCUGGUGUUCCCCUGCAAGGGAUUCCUGGAGUUUGAUUCUCACAAAGAGGCUGCCAAUAUGGUGAAUCACUUCAGUGAAAAGCAUGCAUUCCUGAAGGGAAACAAGUUGACUCUGUACCUGUCACCGAUGGUGUGCAGUAUUCAUCCGCCAAGGUUGGAUGAACCACCAGAAAAACGGCAGACCAAACAAGUUACCAAUACAGUGGUUUGUUUUUCCCGCCUACCUCCUGGGAAGGAAAGAGAAUCAGAGAUUCUUGAUCUCGCCAAGAUGUUUGGGAAUGUGCGGCAUUCAACAUUUUCAAGUGAUCAGGCCCUGAUUGAGAUGGUAGAUUGGAAGGAUGCUGACAUUAUGGUGAAGUACUACCACUCCAACCCCCUCAAGAUCAAUGGAAAGAGUGUCAAAGUAAUCUUGUCAUCGUCACUGAAGCGCCUUAGAGAAAGUCCUGACUCCACCACAUCCAGAAGAGCAGAUUCCAGUAAAGGCCGCAGCAGCAGACACAAGAGCGAGGAGACUAGCAAGACCUCAAACUCCACGAACAAAGAGAAACCCAGUACAGGUGAACAACCCGCUGAGAAAGUGACGGAACAAGGAGAAGGUCAACAAAGCACCUCAGAAGAGGUCAAGGAAGUGGUCAAGCAGGACAUCAAGGAGGGGGAGAUUGAGGGGUUGGUCAAAGAAGAGGACAUUGAUUUGGAAAACAAAGAUCUAGAUGGAAAGGGCAUCCAGAUGGAACCUGAACAAUGCUUGUUAGAUGAUGAGGUUGGUGCUGGUGUAGAUACUAAAAACCCAGCUCCUUACAAAAGUGCUUCUCUGGUGGCUGAUUCUAAAGAUAAGGGGGAACCCGAAAUCUCAGAACUGUUGGCAGACGAUACCUUGGAGGAUUCUGACAUCAAGGCUGCCGAUGAUCCAGCUCUGUGUGAUGCUGACGUCUCAAUGGAGAACAUGCUGGAACAGGAGAGCUUUCAUGAAGAUGACAAUAUGGAUUUCCCUGAGAAUAUGGAUGACUUCGUUACAUUGGAUGAACUCGACGACAGUACUGGAGGGGACACGUUGCUGGAGUCAAAGAAUACUUCAUGGGAUGGAAAAGUUGUCCAUAUUAGCCCAAUUAGAAAGGGCUAUGGAAACGUGGUGGUGGCCCUAUUGAAACUGGCAGAGCGAGCAAACGUGAAAGUUGUCGACCAUGCCAUAUCCUUCCUCAGACAGGAGGCAUGGUUAGAGCUUGAUACUACCGAGGAAGUACGUGAAAUGGUGAAAUUCUACAAAGGAAAAGGACAGUUGUUGAGGAAACAUGUCAAUGUUAGCAUGUGCUUUUCACAGAAGAAGUUGGAGAGGCCUAGUGGAAGAUCCAUCUACAUUUGUAUGCUUCCACUCCAGAAGUACUCGGAUGUCUCUCUUUUACGACUUGCCCAGCCUUUUGGGAAAAUCACUGGCUAUAAUUUGAACUGGCAUCAUGGAAAGUGUUAUAUCCAGAUGGAGUGUGUGGACGCCGCUCAGAAAAUGGUGAAGUACUUCCAACGUCCACACAAGUUUUACGGGACCCUGUUAAGAGUCAGUCUGUGCAAAAAGGGAGACUCACUAAUAUACUGGAAGCCACCAGUCAAAUAUGAGCUGUGGUUGUCUGGUCAGAACAACAGAAGAUCAAGAGAUCACCAAGAAGAUGAAAAGACUAAUGGCCAGUCAGCCAAAAGCCCCUAUCCAGAGGAUGUCCAGAGUCCUGUGUCUGACAGUGAGGGGGUCUGUGGGGACCCUGAGGGUGAGGUAGCCAGUGGUGUGGAAGCUAUCCCAAAGGAGGAGAAGCAGGAGGAACCUCUGGGUCCUUAUCAACCUGACAACCCUGUUGGGUUAGACUAUCUGCUGCCAAUGACUGGAUUCUUCUGCAAGCUGUGCAACAUCUUCUACACCAAUGAGGAAACAGCCAAAUCAGUCCACUGUAGCAGUGAGGAACAUUAUCUGAACCUUAAGAGAAAGAUGGAUACAGACCUCGGCUGAUUGAGAGGAUUGUCGUCCACCUGUGGUCUUCCCAGAGGAAGGCCGUUUUCGUAUAAACGUUUCUGUCCAGUUUGUUUAACAUUCCAGUCUCUUCUGUCACUGUUGACAACAGUAACCCAUUUGAAAUUAAUUAAUACAACCUAUUACGAAAUGUAGUCCCAUUCUGUGGUUAUGAAUAGUACCUUGAUUUAGUUUCUUCUUAUUGAAUAAACAAAUGUGACUUAUUCUUUUA